AGCUUGGAUUAUGAAAUCAAAGCGAAUAGUGUCACCGCUCAAAGUAUCAUACGAUCUGUGACAAAUAUAAACAGUUUAGAGCUGGAAAAGCUAUUCGACGACGUACGGGACGAUAAGAAAAAUGGCGUAAAACCCAAUGACCGACAAGAGGAAAUACCUCCCAUAGUUCUAUCGUUAGCUAUGCUCGAACAGUGUUUAGAUCUAUAUGAUGAUAUGUUCUCCGGACUCUCGCAAUGGUUCCAGUCGACUAAGUUUAUAAACAAACUACUUUGCUGUCUUCAGCUUUGCCUGCAGAACAGACGCCACUACCAAACUUCUUUAGCUGCUUUAAGAUGUUUAACCGCAUAUUCAAGAGGACCGUUCUCAAAGGACCUGCUAAUGAGCGACGUAGACCAGUUCCUCUGGAUGCAAUUAUUGCCCCCGAAAUUAGAGAAUGAUUCGAAUGGAAAUAGCAAUGGGCAAUUAGUUUGGAAACCUCAGGAGUGGUGGAAAGUCUAUGCAUACAGUUUAGACUUUAUAUCAAUGAUGGUAAUGAAACAUGGGCAGUUCUUCGCUGGCGACGCGAUUACGUUUGUAGGAGUUCAUUUAGAGCAUCUUAUUGAAGCGGUGUUGUUGCCGCGGCAAGUGUACAAUAUGGACGCGUUAAACUUGUGCGCUUCGACGCUCAAUCUUAUAGUCCAGCUCGUGAAAUUCGAAUGUCGAUGGCGAAUGCAGAACAUCAACUCGCUUAUUGGAAUAAUGCGCAGCACGAGCGCGUGCCUGCACCAGUGCGUGAUGGCGACGCUGCGCGCGCGGCGCUCGCCCGACCUCACGCCGCAGCCCGACGAGCCGCCCGCCGCCGCGCCCGCGCCCGCGCCCACCAUGCUGCACAGGAUCCUUGAAAUACUCCACAUGGCAACACUCUGCCUGUUGUCGUUCAGUCCAGACCUGCUGUCUCUGCUCGCGGAGCCCGUGCUCGACCUCGAGCGCUGGCAGCCCAUCGUCGAGCUACACUUUGGCGCCCCGAAGAUUACAUAUGAACAGUUCCCGCAACUAACCUUUGGCACAAUACUCUCUGCAAUUUGUUUGCUGACUAAGUCGUUGAACCAUGCGUAUCACUCGGAGGAGUGCAGCGGCGCGCGGUCGCCGCGCGGGCGGCGGCGCGCGUGCGCGUGCGGCGCCAGCAGUCCGGGCGAGGCCCGCGCGCGCGCCGCCCGCAGCGAGUCCGCCGGCAGCAUCUCGUCCGCCGCCAGCGCGCUGCCCGCGCCCAGCGAGCGCCUCGUCGCCGGCGCCCUCGAGGCUACCGUUACCUUGCUCGCAUCGCAGGCACUACUUGCAGUGCGCGACCCGAACGUGCCCGGGCGCCACAAACAAUUAGUUCGACGCGAGCUCGCCUCAGAGCUCACCGUGUUCCACGACUUUGUUCGCAAACGUAUCCUAUGCGCCGCGCACAAUCGGCCACACCUCGUUCGCAACAAACUAGGCGCGUGGCCUCUCGCUGCCAAUGAAGAAGAAACCAGAAGAAUUGAAGAAGCUAGACAAGAAAAGAAUCCGUGUCUCGUAGAUAAUAAUGAUAGGGACCUACCUCCCCCGCCUCCUCCCAAACGUUCGACUCACGACUCCAUGCGUGAAUACAUCCUUCGUAAACACUACUUAGAUAAAUGCGCACAAACGCCUACUAAAGAACCUCCUUCACCCGUAUCUCAUUCGACGCCCACGUCAGAUAAAAAGAAAGAUAGUUCUCGAAGCUCAAAGCGUGUCUCUUGGGCAGAGACUACUACGGAUAGCGAUGAAAGUCUAGACAGCUCCUUGCAAGAAAUUGAACCUGUGUAUUCUAACUUAACGGAUGUUCAAAUAAACAAUGAUGAAGAUUAUUUCCACUUUAUGUCUAUUGUGUUUCUUUAUAUUUACAAAUUUACGGCUGCGAUCGUGACGAUGAUGCAUCACCCGAACAUGCAUCAUCAGCCGAUGUCCGGACAUCCGCCUCAGCAUAUGCCGGGACACCAGGGCAUGCCCGGGCACCACCAAAUGCCGCCGCAUCAGAUGCACCGGGAGAACAGGCACGUAACACUAACUAGGGUGCCACUGGGUCCAUCUCAGGCCGGCGGCGGCAUGGGCGGGCACGGACAAAUGGGCGCCAUGGGCACCAUGCCCGUGCCGCAUCACGCGCCCGCGCAGCGCCCGCCGCAUCCCAUCAGAGCGAUGCACCAUCCGACACAGCAUCACUCUGUACCGCCGCAACAAACUCGCCUACGCAGACCGUAUGUAGGCGGCGGCUACGGACCCGGCGGCGCUCCCGGCGUCAUGCCGCCGCCCUACGCGCAGCCACCGCCUUUACCGCCACCGACUACACAACAAAAUCACAAUGGUCUGUGCAAACCCUCUUCUCCAAUUACGCCAGCGCAAACAAAAUUGAGCUCUGACUUUGUAGUACCACCAGUGAUGCCAACCAACCCAGUACCGGCGGAAACCAAAGAGGAGACCAACACAGGUAUAACCAGCGUGACGACGAGCGGCGCGGGCGGCGCGGGCGGCGCGGCCGCGGCCGGCGGGGCGGGCGAGGACGAGCACGCGGCGGGCGAGGGCGAGGCGGCCCGCAACGCCGCGCCGGCCAACAGUAAAGAGAAGACCCCUAUGUGCCUGGUCAAUGAGUUGGCCAGGUACAAUAAGAUUAAGCAUCAAUAUCGCCUCACAUCAGAAACGGGACCCGCUCACAAGAAAGUAUUCACGGUAACACUCCGACUGGGUGAAACUGAGGAAUAUACUGCAGAGGGGUCAUCAAUAAAGCGCGCGCAGCACGCGGCGGCGCGCGCGGCGCUCGCGGGCACGCGCUACCCGCCGCCGCCGCCGCGCGCGCCGCCCGCGCACUCGCACCACUCGCACCACCACCGACACGCUGGCGCAGUGAUGCCGACGGUAGAGCUGAACGCGCUGGCAAUGAAGCUGUGCCAGCCGGCGGUGUACACGUCGGUGCCGGCGGUGCCGCGGCCGCGCCCGCGCCUGCCCUACCGCCUGCCCGCGCCCUUCGUGCCGCCCUACCCGCACCCGCACGCGCCCGCGCCCCACGCGCCCCACACGCCUCACACGCCUCGGCUCAUCGAGCCCGCUGCAUUGCUUUACAGAGUGCGUGUGUGCGUCGGCGGGCGCUCGUGGGUGGGCGAGGGCGCCACGCCGCAGGGCGCGCGGCACGACGCGGCGGCGCGCGCGCUGCACGACCUGCGCCCGCUCUCGCACGGGGACAAUGACAGUGGCGACGCGGGCUCAGAUCUACUUAAUUCAGAAGUAAAAUCUCCAGUGUCAUUGGUACAUGAGUUGGCAUUGAAAAGGAAUUUGUCAGUUCUAUUCACUGUGAAAUCUGAACGUGGACCGCCACACAUGAGGGUAUUCAUAACAGCGUGCACGGUCGGCGAGAUGGAAACUGAAGGGGAGGGCAACGGCAAGAAGGUGUCCAAGCGUCGCGCGGCCGAGCGCAUGCUGGACGAGAUGCGGCGUCGCUGGCCGCCCGCGCUGCUGCGCGCGCGCCCGCCCGCCGACCGCCGCCGGCACGCGCCCGCCAAGAAGAAGCCUAGGAAUCUUAUUAAGGAAGGUGGCGUCGUGUCGGAGGGCGGUGGCGCGCCGGGCGCGGCGGGCGCGGGCGCGGGCGGCGCGGCGGGCGCCGACAACCCUAUCUCGCGGCUGGCGGUGGCGCGGCACGCGGCGCGCGCGCGCUCGCCGCAGUACCGCGUGCUGGAGGAGCGCGGCGCGGCGCGGCGGCGCGAGUUCCUCGUGCAGUGCGACGCGCCGCCGCACUGCGCCACCGGCCUCGGCCCUAACAAGAAGACUGCCAAGCGGCGCGCUGCGCACAAUGUACUAUUGGCGAUGGAAAUGAGCGCAAACGCCGGUGAACAAUCGCCUGUCGCCGCCAACAACGUCGACAGUACUACUUCACCGGUAACAGAUGCUAACAAAACUAACAAUGGCGAUGUUAAACGAAAGGAAAACGAAACGAAUGGAGGCGGUGCCAACAGUGAUGUACGCCAGCCGGUUCCUGGCGUGCUUAUGAUGGAUUAUCACCAGCGCUCUGGACAACCAACGCAACCUAAUGGUGUGAGCGAGGCGAGCGCGACCGGCGGCGCGGGCGCGGGCGCCAGCUCGCCCGGCGCCAAGGACCAGCUCAUGUACCUGUCACAGCUGCUCGGCUUCACCGUGCAGUUCUCUGAUUUCCCUAAGCGCAACCACGGCGAGUACCUGUCGCUGGUGUCGCUUUCGACGGAGCCGCCCGUCAUGUGCCACGGCGGCGGCGCGUCCACCGCGCACUCGCACGAGCAGUGCGCGCGCGCCGCGCUGCGCGCCCUCGCGCUCAUGGGCCUCGACGCGCCCACCACCGGAAUGCAAAGCAGCAUGCCGGGCGCGGGCGCCAAGACCAACGUGAUAAGCAACGGCAUCGAG